AUGCGCUACUCACUUCCCAUCACUGUCUUGGGCCUCCUCUCGACGGCUUUUGCCAUCACCAUCACCACUCCAUCAUCAGACACGGUGUGGGAUUUCUCCACCCCCAAGACUAUCAAAUUCACUCGCGAAUCCGGUGAUCCUUCCGUGAUCAGUAUCAUCCUUCGUACCCAGGAUGGCUCCUUCCAGACGAAAUUGGCGGAUAACGUCAAGACCUCUGCCGGUCAAUACACGACCCAGCCUAACCCUAGCAUUAUUGACGGAUAUGGCUACGAGAUACAGAUAAUUGACUCUGCGGGCCAGCUCGCCGUCAGUGACACUUUUACUGCUAAAAAGGGCGCUUCGGAUGAUGGUACCAUAUCCUCGUCUUCUUCCACCAUCACUGCCACCACCACCUCUUCCACCACCACCUCUUCCACCUCCACCUCUUCCACCUCCACCUCUACUUCUUCCUCCGAGACAUCCAGCUCCACCACCUCUUCUUCUUCUUCUUCUUCUUCUUCUUCUUCCAAAACCGCGUCUUCCACUUCUUCCGAGACUUCAUCCACUAGUGCCUCCGCCUCGGCUCUGCACUCGACUGGUGCUGCAUCGUCUCAGUUUGGCGCUCCCAGGGGAGCCAUGACUCUACUCGGUGCUGCUUUUGCACUCUUAUACGUUUAA